GGACAAAGCAACAUGUCCUCGGCUAGCAGCCGCGCCUUGGCGCUCUACCGACGCAUCUUGCGCGUCGCAAGGACAUGGGAAGGUCCUGAGAAGGAGCGUUUGUACAUCAAGCAAGAAGCGAGGCGUCAAUUCGAAGGGAAUCGUCAACUCAGGCGUAUGGAUGAAGUUGAAAAUGCCAUUCUACAAGGAGAACAGCGUUUGGAAGUGGGCUUGCACUAUAAAAUCCCAUACCCUCGACCAAUGUACGCCGAUCCUGGCACGGUUGGCGGCGACAACAACUUCCAGCGUCAGUCCAACCGCCACAAAGCGAAGGGUGGACAAUUGGAGAAAAAGUCGAGCUUGAAUGCGUUCAAAUGGAAGUGAUUGCACCUGCAUUGACAUAAGCUUCCACGCGGUAGAAUUCAGCGGAGAAACAGCAUCAGGUGUAACCAUGUCGAAGCCCCUACAAGCGCG